GGUGAGAAGGGGUUGUCGGGAUUGGGCCAUCGCUAACAUGGAACCCUCAGUAGGAUAAGUGUAAGAUUGCCGUUGCUGGCUGCCCCUCUUUCUGCUUCAACAUGUUGGUGCACCUAUUUCGGGUCGGAAUCCGGGGUGGCCCAGUUCCAGGAUGGUCGCUACAGUCCCUGCGCUUCCAGACGUUCUCAGCCACCAGGUCCUCAGAUGACCGGUUCAGCUCAUGCCUCCUUCGGGCUGUAGCCCAGCUCCGGUCACAGCUCCGGGCUCACCUCCCUCGAACCCCACCAGCUUCCCACCGGAGCCCCUCUGCCUGGUGUUGGGUUGGGGGAACCUUGGUGGUCCCUGCAGUCCUGUGGCAGCAUCCCCGCCUCUGCCUUAUAGCACGAUGUGAGGCCAAAGGGUCGCCUCCUGCCCAGCCCACACGUGGCCCGGAGCUGCGCUUUAACUGGAAGCUGUUCUGGCAUUUCCUUCACCCCCACCUGCUGGCCCUGGGGGUAGCCAUUGUGCUGGCCUUAGGUGCGGCACUAGUGAACGUGCAGAUCCCCUUGCUCCUGGGCCAGCUGGUGGAGAUCGUCGCCAAGUACACGAGAGACCACAUGGGGAGUUUCGUGUUUGAGUCCCGUAAGCUCAGCAUCCAGUUGUUCCUACUGUACGGUGUUCAGGGACUGCUGACCUUUGGAUACCUAGUGCUGCUGUCCCACAUUGGUGAGCGCAUGGCCACGGACAUGCGGCAAGCCCUAUUCAGCUCCCUGCUCCGGCAAGACAUUGCUUUCUUUGAUGCCAAAAAGACAGGGCAGCUAGUGAGUCGCUUGACUACUGACGUGCAAGAAUUCAAGUCAUCCUUCAAGCUUGUCAUCUCCCAGGGACUACGCAGCUGCACCCAGGUGAUUGGUAGCCUGGUGUCCCUGUCUAUGCUGUCCCCACGCCUUACACUGAUACUGGCUAUCGUCACACCUGCCCUCAUGGGAGUGGGCACCCUGAUGGGCUCAGGCCUCCGAAAGCUAUCUCGCCAGUGUCAGGAGCAGAUUGCCAGGGCAACGGGUGUAGCAGACGAGGCCCUUGGCAAUGUUCGGACUGUGCGGGCCUUUGCGAUGGAAAAGAGGGAGGAGGAACGCUAUCAAGCAGAACUGGAGUCAUGUCGCUGUAAAGCAGAAGAGCUGGGCAGGGGCAUUGCCUUGUUCCAAGGGCUCUCUAACAUUGCUUUCAACUGUAUGGUCUUGGGAACCCUGUUCAUUGGAGGCUCCCUUGUGGCUGGACAGCAACUGAAAGGAGGAGACCUCAUGUCCUUCCUGGUGGCAUCCCAGACAGUACAGAGGUCUAUGGCCAGCCUCUCUGUCCUGUUUGGUCAGGUGGUGCGUGGGCUGAGUGCAGGAGCCCGAGUCUUUGAGUACAUGGCCCUGAACCCUGUCAUCCCACUGACUGGGGGCUACUCCAUCCCCAGCAAGGACCUUCAUGGUUCCAUCACCUUCCAGAACGUCAGCUUCAGCUACCCCUGCCGACCUGGGUUCGAAGUGCUCAAGGACUUCACCCUGAAGCUGCCCCCUGGCAAGAUAGUGGCUCUCGUGGGCCAGUCUGGGGGAGGAAAGACCACAGUUGCUUCCCUUCUGGAGCGCUUCUAUGACCCUGCAGCUGGCACGGUGAUGCUGGAUGGGCAUGACCUGCGUACACUCGACCCCUCCUGGCUCCGGGGCCAGGUCAUAGGUUUCAUCAGCCAGGAGCCAGUCCUGUUUGCAACAACCAUCAUGGAGAAUAUCCGAUUUGGGAAGCUAGAUGCUUCCGAUGAAGAGGUGUAUACAGCUGCACGAGAAGCCAAUGCCCACGGGUUCAUCAGCAGCUUCCCUGAUGGCUACAGCACUGUGAUUGGUGAGCGGGGCACAACCUUGUCUGGUGGUCAGAAGCAGCGCCUGGCCAUCGCACGGGCCCUCGUCAAGCAGCCCACAGUGCUGAUCCUGGAUGAGGCCACCAGUGCACUGGAUGCAGAAUCUGAGCGGGUCGUGCAGGAGGCUCUGGACCGGGCCAGUGCUGGGCGCACCGUGUUGGUCAUUGCCCACCGGCUCAGUACUGUUCGUGCAGCCCACUCCAUCAUCGUCAUGGCCAAUGGCCAAGUCUGUGAGGCUGGGACCCAUGAAGAACUCCUUAAAAAAGGUGGGCUCUAUGCAGAGCUUAUCCGGAGACAAGCACUGGAUGCCUCGCUGAACUCACCCCUACCUGCAGAGAAGCCUGGAGACCCCAGACACUGCUAGGGGAAAGCCUGAGACCCUUGGGGCCAGGUCACUGCAGGGCGUCAGUCCGAGGCUGGAGCUUGGCUGGGACAGAGGCCUUGAAGGGCCAGUGUGCUGGAGUGUGGCCUGCACUACUGCUCCCUUAAAGAGCCAGGCCCAGCAGCGGGGGCGGGACGUGGCUCUCCUCCCACCUGCUCCUACCAUCCUGACUCAGUUCUGUGGACAUGGAUGUUCACAGUCAGGCAAAGUCCCUGAACAUCUCUGCUCUACCCUCUCAGGCUGGGCCAGUUCUUCCCCCAACACUCAGUUGUUUAGGCCCUCACUCCAAGGGACUGUCCAGGCCUGGUAGAAUAGGAUGUAAUCUCAGCACUUGAGAGAGAGAAGUGGGGGGAUCAAGAGUUCAGGACCAUCCUGGGCUACAUAGUGAAACUCUAUCUCAAAAAAUAAAAGAACCUAAAUAAAUAAAAUUUUAAAAGAGGCUGAGGCUGUAGCUUAGUAGCAGAAUGCUUGCCUGACACGUGAGGGUCCUAGAUACAAUCCUUUGUACUGCAAAUAAGAAAGAAAGCCCAGGGCUGGAGUGUAACUCUGGACCUGAGACGAGACUCUGCCUCACAGUAGGACCAUACAUUCCAUCCCAAGCUUUAUGUCUGCACCCGCAGUGGAGCUCUUGGUCCAUCCUCCACACAGCCCUGGGUUCCGGCAGAAGGAAGUGGUAGUGGCCGUUGUACCAGUGGCUGUGCCAUUCACCCCAGUCAGACCUGGUGAGACACUGAAGAGGCUGCUGUGCCAUGUGUACACACAGACACAGUGCCAGCAAGUACAAAACCAGCAUGGUACAUAACCUGUAAUCCUCCAAGAUGGGAGCUAGUGGCAGGAGAUAUCCUUACUACACAGAGGCUGAAGCUAGCCUGGUCUUUGUGAGAGUCUGCCCCAAUGGUGGAAAGCACAAUUAAUACAAAAUACAAUAUGAGGCUGAUAUGAGAGCUGUAAGGAUCAUGGAAGUAGUGGGAUGGUGGCCUUGCCUUGAAAGCGGGGAGCAGGCAGCCUGUGGUCCCAAAGCUGGGGCCUCCGCUGGCUUCUCGGGUGUUGAGGAAAGCACAUGAAAGACCCUGUAGACUGCACUGAUGCUCCCAGAGGCCAGCACUUUGUUGAUGCUACUGCAGAUGCCUUGAUCCACUUCACUUAUGCCCAGAAGGUGAUGGCCCCUAGUCUUGGUACUGUAGGUCACUUCCCGCUGAGAAUCCAUUCCUGGCCAGCCACAUCCAGGUUGUAGGACUCUAUGCAGACCAGGGAGUGGAUCAGGGGAGAGGGGCUGUAACUGCAUGGCCAGACAAGCAUUUUGUACUUUUCAUGUGGCAAAGGACGACAUUGUCUUUCAGGAGUGAUGGGUGCAGAGGACAGAAACAGCUGCUGCUGGGGGCCAGUGUAGGACCACAUACAAUGCUGUGGAGACAAGGAACCCAAGAACCCUAGUCCAUAGUGCCCUGGUUUAGUGUCCGUAGUGACAGCCUGGGAAGCAGAGUUCUGGGGUGGCUUCCAUUGCCUGGCCAGUGCACCCCACCCCCAACAAGUGCAGCUUAGAGCAAGGCCUCUGCUUUCUAUAGACAUGUCCCUCUGUCUGGCCAUCCCCUUUAUCCACUUGGGGCAUGAAGUCUCCCUCCCCGAGCAUCCAGCCCAUUGGUUCCACAUGCACAGUCAUCAGGCACACACAGAUUCUCAGUCCCCUGACAGCCCCAGGAUGACUGCCACCAGGGAAGGGACCCUAUGGCCACUGGCUGGUAACCCCAGCCCUGUGGGUAUACUCACCCUGUCACUCUGGCCUAGCUUUCCCAGCCCCUUAGUAGAGAACAGUUUGGCUACACUUGCUCUUAAAAGCUUCUUCCAAAAGUUAAGUGGCACAUGUUGGAAUCACGCCCUUAAAAACCACAGUGUAAUAGCCCCAGAAAGUGGUCACAUCUGUGCCACAAGCCCUUUUAGUCACCUAUCCUCCUAAGAUGUUGCUUGCCUAGCCUGUGCCACUGAGCCUGGGACCAUUUCUGAGACUAAGCCCCGAGUGUUUGCUAUGUCUGUACAGCCAGAGCCAGCACAGUGUGACUGACUGGUUGGUGGAAUUAUGUCUCCACCACUCAUGGCCAGAAGCCACCAGGAUGAACCUGGCAGUCUCCAGUGCUUUUCAAAGACAUGGGGCCAGUGAUACUAUUGCUCAACAAGUGGAAAACCAAAGGGCCCACGUACAAGUCCCCUGAGACAUGUAGAUGAGCAACUCCCAAAAGCUAUCCUCUGACCUUCAUACGUGUUGUGACACACAUACCCAAU